AUGAUACGCUGGACACGUGUAGUGCAAAGAGCCCACCGAGGUGGACUACACGCUUUUAUGCCUUAUCCUUCGAAUACUUCGAAUCCGGUUGUGUUUUUUGAUAUUACAGUUGAAGGAGAUGCGCUGGGGCGAGUGUCUCUAGAACUGUUUCAUGACACUGUGCCUAAAACUACAGAGAACUUUCGUUCCCUUUGUACUGGUGAACGUGGUCAUGCUCAGUGCCCGUUAUAUUAUAAGGGAAUACCAUUUCACAGAAUUAUUCCUGGAUUUAUCGUGCAGGGUGGUGACAUCCUAAGUAAGGAUGGUCGUGGUAAUGUUAGCGUCUUCGGGUUCCCUUUUCCUGAUGAAAGUUUUGACGGGAAAGCAAGUAAGAAUCUUCCUGGAACAGUGGCUAUGGCUCACAGCGGUCCGAACCAAAAUGGUUCUCAAUUCUUUUUUAAUUUAGGUCGAAACGAGCAUUUAGAUGGGAAGUUUGUUGUUUGUGGACAGGUAUUAGAAGGAUGGGAUGUGAUAAGUAAAGUAGCUGCACUAUGUGGUUCGCGUUGUGGUACACCUGUAAGUCGUGCUUGGAUUACAGAUUGUGGGCAAAGUAGUGGUGUAAAGCUUGAGGAGACAGAGGAGGCUCUAUCUGGGGAGAGGACCUUACAUACAAUGCCUGGGAAAGAAGUUCUUGAUCUUAUAUCUCCACGGUAUUAG